UAAAGUUCUUCAUUGUAGCAAAACAAAAAAUUCCUUAAAACUCAAAAAACAAAAAAAUGUACGAACAAACAACCAUCUCAGAUUCUGAUCUCUCCGUCCUUGAAAACAUCAAAUUCCAUCUUCUAAAUGAUACUGAUUUUUCACAAAUAUUUUCCACGUUCGAUCAAUGUUUUAGUAAUGCAGAAAAUAUUAAUAGCCCGAACUCGAGUUUUGGUAGCUCUCCAACAGCAGAAAUUAGCUGGGGCGAUAUGUUAACUAGUAUCAAUAGCUCGUGGGAACCAGUCAAUAAGUUGGAGCACAAGGAGGAGCAUGUGGUGGCGCGUGGUGUGCACGCACCUCAGGAUUGGAACCGGUACAGGGGUGUUAGGCGGAGGCCGUGGGGUAAAUUUGCGGCGGAGAUAAGAAACCCGGAUAGGAAAGGCGCCCGGCUUUGGCUGGGAACUUACGAGACACCCGAAGAUGCAGCAUUGGCUUAUGACCAAGCCGCAUAUAAGAUCCGUGGCUCUAAGGCUCGGCUCAACUUCCCUCACUUAAUCGGCUCGAACAUAUCCGAGCCGGUUAGAGUGGCUCCGAGACGGCGUUGCCUAUCGCCGGAGAUUUCAUCAUCUAUUUUUUCGUCGUCAUUUGUUGAAAAUAUACCUCUAAAGAAGAGAAAAUUGGCUGAAAAUUGAAUUAGAGGCUAAACUUGUAGUAGUCGUAGAGGGAAAUAUUGUUAGUUUAAGUUGCUUCUUUGUUCUAUAUAAAAGGGCGGAAUUAGGAUAUGGCGCCCAUUUCAGAAUUGAGUUACAAACUCUUUAUUUACUAUUUCAAUUUUGAUUUUAAAUAAGCUACGAAAAAUCUGAUA